GAGGGAUGAAGACAGUGUGCGCAUACAACUGUCGUGAUUACCGCUGGUCGUCUUUCAGCCGGUGAAGUCUUGUCAAGAUGGCCGAGGAAGGGAGUUCUUUGUUUUGUGAUGAUGAUAAAUCAUGUGAAAAACAUCCUAACGAAACUGAUGAGGACGGCGAAAAGUAUAUUUCGGCGCCAAUAGGUAUGAUUACCUUAGUUCUGUCUACAGUUAUUUUUUUUUGGUAGAUUUUCGCUGAGUAAUUCGCUCUGAUGUUGUCCCACCCGCUUUCACGAGUUGUUGUGCCUUUUCAGACUCACAGCGAAGCUUUGCAUCACCUGACCUUUUGAUGUAAUGAUUAAUUUCUCUCUUCUUUACCCACAGAUAAACUUGGACCUGCUGGAAGGUGGCUUCGACACCGUCUACUCAGCUCAAUUCUCAUAGGAACACCUCCUCUUGUAGCGCUUCAGGUAAUGUGUUCAGUCCUGCGCGCUUUAUUUGCCGUUGACUCCAAAGCAUGCAUCCGGCUUUUCAUUUUCCUAGCUCAGCCGGAUGUUGGAGACGUAUCUCUUUCAUUUGCUUGAGCCUGGUAGGCUUUCCUAUAGCUGAGUGUGUGUGUUUCGCUAUCAAUAAGGUUUCCUUUUUAGCAUGUGCGCACAAUCUACCUUGUUUUGAUUUUAUUUUUAAUUGCCAUUCGAUUUCGCAAUCGCGAUAAAAUCAAAUCAAUUUUUAUAUCCAGUAGUGAUUAAGUUAUUAGUGACGAAGAGGUGAUGACAAGAAGGGCAAAGUACAAAUUCUUGGUUCAUUUUGUGUUUUCAAGCUAGUCAGAAUACUCCUUUUAUUGUAAAAGUACAUGAGCCACGCAUAGACCAUUCAUCGGCGAUCUUUCGCGAACAAUUAACUUAAAGGAAUUGAUAUGGUCGCCCACUCAAAGGGGAAAUAAUUGGUAGACGCUAAAAACCUCUCAUUGUUAUGCAAAUGAAUCGCAACACAGUAAAUUUCUUUCACAUGUUUAGUUCUGAUUUGAUCUCCUAAGUGUCCGUCCAUCGCAAAUCCAGUAGAAGGAGGAAAGACGGUGAACCAGUUUUUUUUUUGUUUUUUUUUUGUUUUUUUUUUGUUUUUUUUUUUUGAGAAAAAGCUGGAUGCAUUAGUUUCGCGAACCUCGUAUACUGUUUUUAAUUUUUGACUGAUAUCAAGCUUGUGAAAAAAUCAAUAUUGAUUUACCUGCAAGCCUCUUAAGUCAGUCGUUUGUAUAAUUAUAUAUUAUUUGCCUUUUAACAACUUUUUUGUGUGUUUGUGUGUGUGUGUUUUUUUUUAUAUAUUUUGCCUUUCUCUUUCUUUUUAAUUUUAAUUAAGACAGAUGAAGGUCUGUCAAUCUUCUUAGAUACAAUUAAGAUAUUUUGUUUGCUACACAUCUUGUUUUUACCCUCUUACUAUUGGUCUUUUAAAUUCUAUGAGCUUCAAUGGUGGGAGUGUUUUAAAAUACUUUAAGCAUCUUUCUGAAUGAAUUUAGAGUUAGAUAUUUAGACAUGCUAGCUGGAAAUAUCAACCAAAAACAGUCUGCAAACAAAUACUGUGAAUUGUGCCAAUAGGGGAUUUGGUAUGACAGAGAAGUGACCCCUAUAAUUUAUGUUAUCCGCAUUCAUCCUAGCAAAGGUCUAAUGCUCAAAAUUUCAGGUUUAGAAACUCUUUACAGUGGCCAAUUUUGAUCAUCAACUCAGUUAAUAAAACCAAAUUAUCUCAUAAAAGGGUGGUAAGGGACUGAUACAUGAUGCGUGCCUAAAGCUAAAAUGAAUUUUACAGAAAGGGUAAUGUGAUUCAUGAAUUUACCAACCAAUGUGAGGGGUAAUUUGCCUCCUGAAACAUACAGAACUAGUGAAUUUUCGCUUUCAUCUUGUGAAAACUUCAAGAUUUCCCUGAAACCUUGUACACUACACAUUUGAAGUUUCCUCUUUUAUUUACAUGAUAUGUGAAACAGGAUCAGGACCCCUUUUUACUACCCUCCUAUAAUUAUUAACUCAGCACCACAGUUUCUUCAAAAACUUACCCCAUUUUUCCAUUUUCAUAAGGGAUUGACAUGUAAUUUCUUCUCAUGAUGUCAGCAUGUUAUUAACCAAAGUAGGAAUGAGAGUAGACAAAUCUGACAGCUUAAAAGCAUUUAAUUGAUGUACUGGUAGUAUCAGAUUCUCCCAAGUAGCUUACAAGGAAAUGUGCAGCUAGAAGUGAGAGUUACAAAUCAGAUCUUGGGAGUUGAAUGAGGGUAUUGAGUUUGAAAACUGAAGGUCUCAGGUUCAAAUUCUUAACUUUGCUGCCUAUCUGUAUUUUCUUUUUUGUGGUGUUAAGUUCAACUUCUCUGUUACACUUUCUGGAACAUAAGAUUGUGUCGCUAGGCAGAAUGGUUUAAUGUAACAGUGGUUUGCUUUGCCCAGAAGCAUAAAAGGGAAACUGGAAUAUUGUGUGGGAAGCAUGACUAAGUACCAAACCAAACAAAGAGACUCAGUGAAGCUUACUGGCUAAUCAAUCACAGUUGUUAUCAAAUCUCCCAGUCUAAUUAUGUUCCUGCUCAGGAAAGAACAUGUCUUGUGCCAUGGGUCAAGACUCACUUACCUCCUAAAGCUAAACUAAACUCACUAACUUCUCAAAGCAAACAAAUUAACUUACUGCCUAGGGAAAUAAAAAAGACACCAAAUGGCAGGUGCUGUGUGAAAUGGUGACUCUUGUUUCCCAAAACCCUUAAAUGUGCCUGUCGGGGGAGAAUAAAGAGAAAACAAACACUGUUUCCCUUGGUUCCAGUUUUUAAAGACUUGUUGACCAACUGUACUUGGUGGUCAAAACCAAAAUGGUUAGAUUGACUUUUUCAUUUUUACCAACCAGGCUUAACCCUUGAACUCCCAGAUCAAAUUUGUAUUUCUCCUAAAUGUCAACUAUACAUUUGUUAUAAAGUUAGUUAAGAGAAGUUAGUAUUGGAUCAACUUAUUAUCCCCAAAUCGAUAUUUUUCUCUAUUCUUAUCACUUAUCUGGUUGAUAUUGUAUUGUUAUUGUAAAGAGAAAUUCUGUCUUGGUCACUUGUGGGAGUUAAAGGGUUAAAAUGCUUGACUGAUGAAUAACUCCUUAAAUUGUUGCUAUGCCAACUUGUACCACCAAUUACUAUUACCCAUGACAGUCUUCCCUUCUUCCACUCUUCUGACAGUAAGACCACACUAUCAAUUUAGUUGCUUUUUACUGAUGAACAUGCAAAAUUUCCUUGUCUUUCUAUAGAGAAGACGUACCCCGUUAUGGACAAAGCUCAUGAAGCUGAACAGUUUCUUUGGCACAGAAGAUUUUUAUAUUCCCAUGGGGGUUUUUAUUCUUUGGUAGGUAGAAACUUUCAUAGGUUAAUAAGGAAUCAUGCACUAUUUUCAAUAAUUUUUUUUUUAUCAGGGUUUGUGAUGAAACCUGCAAACUAGUUUUCAUACCUGAAAAAGUCAAAAAGUAUAUAGAAGCUGGAAGACUUGAUUUUUUCCAUGUCUGAUGUUUCUUGAUCAUUGUUUGUCUCGUGGUCAAAAUUUUUGGAUGUUACAGUGUGCAAAUUUUAUCAACCUUUAAUUCUUUACUGUUGAAGUAUGUAUGUUUUGUUGUUGUGUUUUUUUUUGUUUUGUUUUGUUUUAAUUAAAACUGACUAUUUUCUUAUGCAGGAUCGUUGAUGCUAAACUUGGAAGGUUGUUGUGCCUACUGAUGGGUUUAGGUUUCUACACUGCUGGAUUCAUUAAGGUAAUAAAAUGAAGUUUUCAUUUUAGGGUUAACAAUUUAUGGUCUGCCAUUGAAAUUUAUUGCCAUAUUAGAACAGUUGCAGAGAUAUCAAGGGUAUUUUCCAGCACAUCAAAACAAAGAAAGUGGAGACUUUUCUGAAAUUAAAUCAAGAGUAAAGUGCUUGUAGAAGGUAGUCUCAUAGAAUGCAAUAAGAAAAAAGAGAACAUAAAUCUUAGCAUAGUCAUUGAAUGGCUUUGAUUUACUUGAAUUGCAGGAUGUUCUUUGCCUACCUCGGCCGGCAAACCCACCAAUUGUUCCCUUAGAAAGGGCUUCACAAACAUGGUAGGUACAACAUCCCAAAAAGGAAAACAGCCUUCCAGUUAGUUGUUGGUGUUACAAAUUAAAUUCAUUUUCAUGUUAAUAAUUUUUAAAAAUAUAGUUCAUUUUUCUUAUAAGUAGUUCUUGCCUGAACCUAACAAUAGCCUACCUCACCGAAGUCUCUUUAGCCCAGUGUUAGAGCAUUGGAUUGUUUAGUUCAAAGGUCUUGAGGUUCACUACCUCUUGCUAACUCAGUAUUUUUUUUUCUUUGUCCCACAUUGGAUACAAAAUUAUAUAAUCUCCUUCUUUUGUUCUUUGCUGGUUGGACUGUGGGCAACAGUAGUCUCCUUCUAAGCUUCCCAACUCAAUAUUUUACACUAAUUUUCCAUCUCUUCAUGUCUCUGUUUGUUACUGUACUAGUAUUGAAAAGUUGCUGUGCUCCACAAUACAUGUACCUUGUGUAGCAGAGUUUAAUUGCUAUAUCUGGUGCACCAACAAUGCCUAUAGGUUGGUUAUUAACACACCCCAGACCAAUAGGUGUUAUGAUAAAUAUUAUGCAGGGCGUGAAAUUAAUUUUUUUCUUCUGAUAACCACUUGGCUCCUAAAUUCAAAAAAAGUUUGUUGCCAUUUUUAAAGACAAACAGAACCCUUUUUUAUGCUGUCAGCGUUCUAGAUAGACCCUCCAAAAUUAAGUUACGAAAAAGAUCUUUAAUGUGCAACAAAGUGGACAUUAGGAUGGAUGAUAUACGACGUUCAAGCUCACCCAAACCAAAGAUUGCGUCUAAUUAUUGAUCAAGAUGCAUGUGCUGCAUUUUGGACACAAACUUAACGAGGAAGUUUGCCAUAGAUUUAUCUUUGCAAGUCUUUUUAAUUCACUAUAUCUCUAGGUAAGGUUAUGAUGAAGCAUUCUAGUUGCUAAUUUGGCAACUAAUUUUCAGGAUUUGGUUGCCAAAAUGAAAAAUUUAGUUGCAUUGGCACCUGUAUGAUGCGCAAUUUCAUGCCCUUUUACGUCAAACUUUUUUUUUAUAAUUUUAAAUUUUGACUUCAUUUCUCAGGGGUCUUCCAAGUCACCAUGCUGUUUUGGGUGUACUGGUUCCUUGGUAAUUAAUUUUCUUGUCUUACUAGACUCUAAAUAAAUGGGUAAUGUUGUUUUUUUGUGCUUUGUCAUUAUUGAAAAUUGUCACCAGCACACUGCAGAGGUUAUGGAGGGAUGGGUACCUAAUUAUGUGGGGGACAGAGGGGAAUCCAUUCUCUUUGUUUUGAACUAGAUUGUUGAAUGGCAGUAUUUUACUUUUAGGUAUAUCUGGUUUUAUUCCUACAUUCACUUUUCUAUGCCUCAAUGGGGAUUUGCUGUCCUAUUUGGAUUAAUUGUCUACUGUAAGUGCCGCUUAUUCCAUACUCAGUGUUGGAUCUUUAAGAAUGCAUCCAGAGCCAAAGAAAAGGCUCUGAAAACAGUGUAUUGAUUAAUUCUUUAUUGUCAAACAUCCACAGUGCCUCAUUAGAUGCUCUUGUGAAAUUAAAUGAGAUGAUAAGAUAGUGCUUACCAGAUUCUGAUUGAUUGUGACAGUUUUUUUUUUCAUCGAUAGGGUGAUUAUCCAGGCCAAAUUACCUGAAAGUGAGAGCUCUAAAGAAGGCCUAACUUUGCCUAAGAGUAUUAUAGUUUCAUUGAUGGUGUGAAUGUCUUUUUUUUUUUAGCAGAGCUGGUUUCAUUACUUAAGUAUUGCUGUACAAAAAUAAAAUUGCAGGAAUUGCCUUUGUCGCAAAUUCCUAUAACUUCUGAAAACACAUGUGAUACUAAUCCCUAAUUUUACUCAACCUCAUGCAAUUACCUGAAUGUACUCAAUGAGCUGGGGUUUUUUUCAAUUGUAUUUUGUGUUUUAGGGUCAGUGUCUGUGAUGUUUAGUCGGCUUUACCUUGGUGUCCACAGUCCAGCAGAUAUUGUGGCUGGAGGAAUUAUUGGCUGCGUCAUUCUGGCAUACUGGAUAAAGAUUGACACAAUUGUGGACAGAUCUAUCAGCUUUGGGGAUAAUGGUAUGUAUUGCUGUAGUACAGAUUCCUUAAUUGUUCACUUUCGAGAAUGAAUGGUACCUCAGUUCCAUUUAUAAUUUCAAUACAGUGUCAAUCAGGCAUACAGACUGUGUGAAAAACGUUUUAUACUUGUGCCAAUUUGCCCACUUAUCUUGAGCUUCUCUCGGUUUCCACGGCUUGAAGCAACAAGGGGUAUUGCUUCUCUCCCCUUUCCCCCCCCUUGAUGGAAUGCAGGCUACCCUUUGCCAGGCUUCUCUGGCUCUUAUUGUACAGAUAGAGAGCCACACCACUGUGAGAGGAAAGUUUCUUGAACAAGUAGGCACCACAGAGGCCCUACCAGGUUCUUGAACUUGGACCUGUCAAUUUAAGGUCUACAACAACAAUGCAGAUAUUGAGCAGGUUAUCAAAGUUAUAUGGUGUACAGUAUUUUGCUCUUUGUGUACUCAGCUUAAUGAGAAGCUAACCCAUUAACUCCCAUGAGUGAUGAAGGCAGAAUUUCUCCCUACAAUAUCAAAAUGAAAAUCAAGCAGACAGGUGAUAAGAACAAAGAAAAAUAUCAAGUAGGGUAUUAUUUGUUGAUCCAAUAUCAAGUUCUCCAAAUUAAAAUCAUAAAAACUCUAUAAUAGACAGUAAGGAGAAUUACUGAUAAGAUGUAAGAGUGAAGGGGUGAGGAUGGUUGAAAACUGAAAUGAUUUUUAAUUUUGUUUUCUUUUUAGUUGUCCUUCAAGCCAUUGUUUACUCCUUGUUGUUGUUGUUUCUUCACCCUCGUCCUGAGCCCCGUACGCAGUCUCUGGUUGAAACGGUAAAUUCUGGUGUCAUUUGAAACGCGUAGUUAUUAUUUAGUUAAGUUUGUAGCCAACAAAUACCUGUUUUGACAAGAUUGUCCUGUAGUAUUGUACAUUCUUAUAUGACUCAGCCAGCCCCAUGUAAAUCCCAUAGAAAAUCAUUGUGAAAACUGACAAGUGUAUGGUGAAAUGGGUUGACCUGAGGUGGUCCAUGAAAAGCUGUCUGGCCUUGUACUCACAAAGCUUUUUGCAAAAACUUAAAGAAAAACAAAUCAGGAAAACAAAAUGUUUCGUGAUAGAGUGUGUGUUGUUCAUUCUGACUUGAAAAAAACAAAGGGCAGAUUUUAAUUGUAGAAUUUAUUUUAUUAGUAUAUGACCCAUAUGCACCCAGUCUAUUGCAUCCCAUUUACUUUGAUACAAAAUAUUUUUAAAUUUUCAGCACAAGGUGAUCAUUUGAGAAAAUUCUUAUUGACGGAGUGUGGUCAGGCUGGAUGAGAAAAAAUGUUUAGAUCUGAUCAUGAUGUACUUACCUUGCUGCGCUUGGUUCAUACUUCCUGAUCUCAAGCCACACAUUUUCCUCUCCAGUCCUCCCAAUUUACAAUUUUUAUGCAAAUUACUUUUUUAAGCAUAUGGUCACAGUGUUAUUUAUAAGAUUGUCAAGCUACCAUAAACUAUCUUUGCCAGACCCUCAGGAGAUAUGAAAAGUAUUAGUAGACCUUUCAGAGAAUAUAGCAGACUGUAAGACUGAAAGUAUUUUUUGUUUUUUAGGUUGCAAUGACUGCUGUGUCAGUUGGUUUUGUAAUUGGCAAGGCCACAUCCACAAGACAGCCAUCCAUUUACAAAGCUAUCCUGGACUUUGAUAUUGGUGUGUUUUAAAUUAUGCUUAUAUUGGAGCUGGAAGUCUAUCUUAAACCCAAUAUUAUGAACCAGCAGGGCUACUCAACAUCAAACCUGCAUGUAAAUUCUCACAUCAAUAUUCUUUUUUUUUUUUUAGAUGAUGUGUCCAACUUUACCUUGUUCUGGGUUUCCUCUGUGCGGUUAUUGCUUGGUGAGUGGACCAAUCAACUUAAAAAUCUGCAAGAAAUUAAGUUGCAUGUUGUGCUAUAUUUUGUAACAGCAUUUCUAACAAUUUUAACUGGUAUUCUUUUACUUUGAACAAUUUCUUCCUCUGACCGGAGUUCUGAUUUGUUUGCUUUUCGUUUGCUUUAGUAGAGGGUGAAAUGUGUUGGUUGUCAGCUUAUUUUGAUAACCUAGUGUUUCUGCUACAGCUUCAAAAGUUGCCCUGGAAAUAAUAAUAAUAAUAAUAAUAAUAAUAAUAAUAAUAAUAAUAAUCUUUAUUUCUUAAGAUAAAAUCACAUAUCCUAAGUUACAAUAUAAACUAAAAAUAAAAUAAUAAUAAUAAUAAUAAUAAUAAUAAUAAUAAUAUAAGGACAAAGUGGGCCAACUAAAUUUGUUGCAGUUAAAAGUCAGAUCAAGUUUUCAGCAUGCAAUGGCUUCCCUUCGUUUUGAUUGGCUAUUUUAUUGUCUAGUAUAAACACAGUAAACCAAGUUGUGAAGGUUUCUGCCACAAAAUACCAUAAAUAGGUUGGAAGUCUGCUUAGGAAUUACUGCUUCACCUGAACCCAGCAAAGUUUUCUUUCUUAGCAUUCCAUUGUAAAUACUGUACAACCAAACUUUGGUACAAGCUUUAAAAUUUUGUAGGAGCGAUGUUCCAUGAAUUGUGAAUCUAUGGUCCAAAUGUUAAUGAUUUUUUACUGUGUAUUCUGUUCUUCACAGGUUACACCCUAGUAAUACUUACAAGAAUGCUCUGUAAGAUUGUGUUCAAAAACUUGCUGAACAAUCUUUUCCGAGUGUUGGACUUGGAAUGCUUUGAAAUAACGAAGGUUAAUUAUGACUCAAGUGAGAGGAUGUAUGGCCCUUCGUUCAAACUGCCUCCUGUUUUUGACAAGGUUAGAAUUAAAGAUUCAUAUACAAACAUAGUAGUGUCUGAGCUUUCUGAAGAGUCUCUGUGGCUCAGUGGUAGAGCACCAAGUUCAAAGGUCUGAGAUUUGAUUUCUCAAGGGAACUCAGAAUGUUUUCUUCUUAUUAUGCUGGUGACAAACUAAAAAACUUAAGUCUUGUAGUCCUGUAGUCUGAGUGACUCAACAACAACUCUUCACUUAACCCUGGUGAUAAAUUAUUUUCAGGUUGUUGAAAUAUCAAUCACUAAUACCCCCAAGAGUCCUUCUUAGGACUACCCUCCUCCUCUCUUUCCCCCCCCCCCCCAACACAUUACCCCUGCAUUCUUAUAUCUUAUUAGAAGUUUUGGUGUGUAUUAUCACUGAGUGUUUGUACAAGUUAUGCCAUAUUUUGACAAGCCCAUAGGGCAAGUCAAAGUACAAACAAUGCAAAAGCAGCUAGGGAAGUGCAGAGUGCAGCACACACAGCACAAAAUAACCAACUGUCUGAAUAACCAUACAAUAUUGCAGGAUAUUUGUACUCUAUUUAUGCAAUAUUUAUACUUUACUUUGUGCAGUUGGAUAAUAAAAACCAUUUAGUGUAAUAUUCCUGUAGGGUUAGAAUUAAACAGCUUAGUUUAUCUGCAGGAAAUUUAAGCUCCUUAAGUAAAUUUGCUUCCUGGCAACGAAAAUGCUUCAGUUAUAAGGUGAAAGCAGAAGGAUUUUCAUCAUUGGUUUUCUUCAUUUUUUCCAGCAAAGAAAGAAAAGAGGCAAAAAAUCCCAGCCUGAUAUGGAGGAUGGCAGCCCAAAGUACAACUUACUCUUUGUUGUCAACUAUGUCUCAUAUGUGUGUGUAGGAUGGGUGGCAAUAAGUGGUGUACCACUCCUUUGUCACAGUAUUGGACUGGUACUUUAGACCGACAUUGGUGUGUGUGGCCAACAUUGUUAUCUCUCUGUGCAUUAUUAGGCUACCAAAUUUACACUGGAAUAGUAUUGGAACAGUAUUGUCCCUUUACAUUCUUUAAUAGUUACACAUCUAAUACAUUAAGAGCAUUAUGUUAGAUAUUAUAGAAAAUAGUUGAAUGGGUUAGUUAUUGCUUUAAAUUGUUACUGAAGGAUAGACUGGUCAGUUGGAAGUUCUAUUGAAUAUAGUAACUAUCUAAGACAACUGUGAAGAAAUUGUGCAUUUUGCUAAGUGGGGCACUUUUGGACUAAAUGAAAUAAGCAGCAUAAUAUAUAAAGUAUUUUUUUUAUUACUAUUAUUUUUUGUUGGAGAAAGUUAACCCUUAAACUCUGUUAAAUUACAUCAAUAUGUAAUUUCUUUGGAUGAUAUCCAUACAUUGUCUAGCGAACUGGUAAUGAUCCAAUAUUCAAACUUAUCAGGUAGAAGUUAUCUUUUACCAACCAGUAACACCAAAUUCUUGUAAUUAAUUUUUCAUUGAAAUUUGUAUCAGCUGGAGGGGAGUGAUAACAAUCAGAUCCUAGGAGUAAUAAAGGGUAACAUGAGAGAAGUAAGUCUGUUCCAGGCAAUCAGGCUGUGGAGACAAAGAAAAAAAGCUGGGGUGAACAAGACAAAAGAUGUGAAGGGACUUGCUCCAUCUCAGAAAAUUGGGGAUUCUUCUUGUCCAUUUUGUUCCCUUUCUUUCCUCUUUUCUUUUUUCACUAGUCUCCACCUUCCAAGAGCUUAGAGCAGUCAGGAAGGGAAGAGUGUCAAAGCUGAUCCAUUUUUUUUUUUCUUUUUCUUUUUUUUUCAUCUGUAUGCACCACGCUUAAAUUAUUUUGCCUAGAACUCCACAGUGAUUUAACACCAUGAGAAAAUUAAUCUAUAUGACUUCAUCUGACUUCCUUGAAAAAAAAAGAUAUCAUUUAUACAAACAAACAGAAAAUAGAAGGUAACUAUCAAAACGUGAAGGUUGCAAGAUUUUAAAGAACUUUAUUCAAGAAAGGAUCUUAUUUAUCUAGUUCAAGAAUUCUUUUAACAUAAUCCUUGCAAAGAUUUGAAGCAGACAUGUACAAAACAGAAUUGCGUUUGCCUAGUCUGAUUUUAAGUGGCUGUUUCCUCCAGAUGGAAGGAGUCCUAUACUUGGCUUGUUUGGCUGGUCUGGUUUUGUUCUGCUGGUCUGGUUUUGUUUGAUUGUUUCUUUCGUACUUUCUUUAUUUUUCAAUUUUCUAUUUUUUUUUCGUCGUUAGUGUCUCUUUUUCAGCUGCGGAUGCAGCUAAGCUAACAAUUCUAACCA